UGGUUAAUUCAUUUUUAAUUGUUUAUUGGCUGCAAUAAUUGACACUGACGUCACGCGCAUGUGACGUCACGCACGCUGCGUAAUAAUGCGCACACUGCGGAGUGCUAAGGCUCGCCAAUGUAGCUUCAGAUCUCAAUUUAUCAUACCCUGUGAAAUAUAAUCCACUCUGCAUCGAGCGAGGACCGUGGAUUGUUGUUGUGGUUACGAGGAUGCCGUCCUUAUCGGAACAGCUACAGGAGGCGCGCAGUCAGGCGGAAGUUUGUCUCUAUUCUGGCGGAAGGGUGGUGGAAGUGCGGGCAGGUGUGAUGGUUAUGGCUAAUCUUCCUUUACCGCCGUGCUCCAAAUACCAUCACAUUGCUGCAGAAACCAUGGUGAUUGAAAACAGCUUUGGCAGCAACAGAAAAGAGACACUUGCAUCACUGCAGCGCUUAUCUACCGCUCUGAACAUCCUUGAAAAAUAUGGGUGUAACCUGACAAAUCCAAACAGACCUAAAUACUGGAGAACUGUCAAGCACAACAAUCCAGUUUUCAGGGCCACUGUUGACGCUAUCCAGGGUGGAAGGGCAGUUCUUUGUCUCUAUGGUUACUCCAAUCAGCAGCCAGAUGGACUCAGCUUCCCUGAUGAUGUCACAGAUCCUGAUGUUGGCAAAGUUGCAGCAGUAACUCUGGAGGUGAUGAGCUUAAGGAUGGAGCUCGAAAUGCUUAUCAAGGAGACACAUCCACAUCCGGAAUUCUAUGAGAGAAUCAUUCCUACCUUAAGACAUAAGGAUGUGGGUCUGAACACAGAUGCCGUGGUCACCCAUCAGUCUUUCAUUUGUAGUAAACAUCCAUCGGACAGUCAAUCCAAGUCGCUCGCGUUUCCUCUCCACCAUUAUUCAGUGAAGGAGAGCAGCCAGGCACGUUCACUCUCCUCCAACCAUCAAAGUCUUAAACCCAUUCAGGGCUUGUUUCCACCCAUCAAGAAACAUUCAGAAAAUUGCACUAUUUGUGGCAUAUUUCGCAUCACUGUGCACUGUUUGACCUGCCUCCAAGGGAUGUGCUCAGAGUGUGACAGAUUGUACCAUUCGUACCCUGAAAGGGCCAAGCAUCGUCGAACUGCUGUCACAUCCUCCACUUCUUCCGCCCCAACUUCCAAAAGUGGGAAUUGUAAAAGAGUUCUGUCUUCCACUUCCAGUUCUUCCACCUGGCAUUGCCUUCACUGCGCAAAAGUUAACUCAUCCCAGAAUGUGCUUUGUGAGGGAUGUGAGUACCCUCGCUAUGAAUCACCCAGCUCUGCUGCAGAUGAAUCCCCACCAGCAACCAUCAUAGAGUGGCAGUGUAAGAGCUGUACUGUGGUCAAUGCAGCCAGCAGUAUUCUAUGUGAGGUGUGUGAAAGACCUCGUUUGGCUACACGACCCCCGGUGACCCCUUCACACCCUCCUGUCACCCCGCCCAGACCACCAGCCCCUGUACUGGGCAUGCCUGGGGACCCUGACAGCCAGUGGGUGUGCCAGUUCUGUACAUAUCUGAACUACUCACCUGCCACGGUGUGUGAGAUGUGUGACUUAGCCCGUCCAGAGCCUGCACCUCUGCCAUCAAAGCUCCGCCCUCCCUUCCCUGUCAGACGGGUCCCAGCUCUGCCAGUUAAACCUAAAGAACUGACUCAAGAAGAUCCAAACUCUUCUAGGCAGCGGCGAAUGAAGGAAGAUGGGCUGAAGCUCAUACAACUGAUUCGAGAUGGGGAGAAGAAUGGAAUCAGCCCAGAGGAGAUGUACACAUACAUGAAGGUCGCCAAAGAUACUAACAUCCUGCCUUGCAAAUGGUUAAAGUCAGAGCUGCCCAAGCAAUUGGACAAGAUCAGCAUGAUGUCAGCAAUCCUAUCCCAUCAGUUUAACAAGUCAUGUGAGGCUCCCGCAGAGGAUUCUAGAAAAGUGCAUGAUAAUGUAAAAGAAAAAGUUUCAAUUCAACUCUCCAGAGCAGAAGCCAAGCAGGCCUGGCUGACAGCAGGCGGCGAUUCUGAGAGGGCAGCCAGACAAGCUCUGCGAGACAGACUCGCAAAAGUAAAGAUGCUGUUCUCGUUGGGUUUUAGUAAUGAGGCUCAUUGCCAUGAGGUUCUGAGACAAAGUGGAGGUGAGGUUAGAGGCGCACUAGCUUUUCUGCAGCGUCCCCUUCUGGAACCCUUCCAUAAACGUAUUUGGAGUGACGAGCCUGAGCCAGCGGUUGACAUCAAUCACCCUGACAAGGAGCGAACAUGUCGGAGGUUAUUAGCGGUAUAUGAUCUACCCAGCUGGGGCCGCUGUGAGCUGGCGCUCUCUCUCCUUCAGGAGCACAAUGCCCCCUACUCCCUGGAGGAUGUAGUACAGGCUGUACGCGAGUCUCACGACAGGGAGUUCAUCAAAAGAGUGCUGGCCAAAGAAUGUCCCAUCUGCCUUUCUGUCUUUCCACAUAGCAAGAUGCAGUCCCUGACUUCGUGCCAGUGUUCCGUGUGUUGUGGUUGUUUCCAGCAGCAUUUCACCAUCGCUGUCAGGGACAAGCAUAUCAGAGACAUGGUGUGUCCAGUCUGCUGGGAGCCUGACAUCAAUGAUCCGGAAGACCUUAACAGCUACUUCUCAACCUUGGACAUCCAGUUGAGAGAAUGUCUGGAACCUGAAGUAUAUGAACUCUUCCAUAAGAAGCUGACUGAGCAAGCCCUCAUCAAGGAUCCAAAGUUCCUGUGGUGCUGUCAUUGUUCUUAUGGGUUUAUCUAUGAUGGAGACCAGCCUAAAGUCACCUGUUUUCAGUGUCGAAACAGUUUUUGUGCUCAGUGCAAAAAGCCUUGGGAAUCUCAGCAUGCUGGUUUAUCCUGUGAACAAUACCAAUCCUGGAAGAGAGAGAACGAUCCAGAGUAUCAGAAACAGGGCCUGGCUGGCUACUUGCGAGACAAUGGCAUUACCUGUCCUAACUGUCGCUUCCAGUAUGCGCUGUCUAAAGGGGGCUGCAUGCACUUUUGCUGCUCUCAGUGUCGUUAUCAAUUCUGCAGUGGUUGCAACAACCCAUUCCAUACUACCUGUGCCGUGGAUGAAUGCACUGUAUCUGGACUACAUGCCCAUCACCCCAGAGACUGUCUUUUCUAUUUGAGAGACUGGGAACCUUCAAGACUCCAGGCUUUAUUGGAGAACAAUGGUGUAGCAUACAAUACUGACCCCCCUCCUGGAACACAGACAGGGCUUUGUAGUGUGAUUGAGCAAAAGGAUGAUGGAGGCCAGCAGCCUGACUCAGCCUGUGGAGCACAAACCCAAACUGGUCAUGCUGGACUCUGCGAGAAGCAUUACAGAGAAUACCUGGUUAGCUUGAUCAACAGCUACUCCAUUGACCCAGCCCGACUCUAUAGUUCCAAUGAGCUGCUGCUGGCCUGCAGGAGGUAUAAGGUAGAUGAUACGCGCAUGGAUGGCGAGGAUACAUUCACCUACUACAGCAGACUGCUUGAGAAGCUGAUGGAGGAAGUACCACUGGGUGACAAGGUCCCAAGGAAAAAAUAGCAAGCACACAAGUAUCUCACUCUUGUUCACAUUACUUAAAGUGCGUACGACAGGAGAAAAAAAGUCUUAAAUAGGAAUAUUAUGUGAAUUAGAAUCAUAUUUUGAGACGAUUCGACUAUAUACAACAAUUUAGCAAAGCGCAGAUGCUGAGAAAUUAGUCUUUUACUCUGCCGGUUAGCUGCCGGUUAGCCACGCCUACCAUUAUAGGGCUCUAGCGUCCCCAACAGGUGGAUGACGUCAGCGGGGUCACGAUUUCAUCUGAUUUAGUAUGCAGCCCAUUAAGGGGGAAUUAUUCAGAACGAGGAAAACGCCACGAAGAGAGCCGCAAAAUGUCAUUGUUUCAGUCUCUCUACUCCAAUAUUUUUACAGGAUAUUCUUUUUAUCCAAGUAUUUUCCCCAAUAGCUAAAUAAAUGGCUUGAGAAGGACUAGUCAGCCCGUUGAGGGGGAAUUAUUCAGAACGAGGAAAACGUGACGAAGAGAGCCGCAAAAUGUCAUUCUUUCAGUCUCUCUACUCCAAUAUUUUUACAUGAUAUUCCUUUUAUCCAAGUAUUUUUCCCCAAUAGCUAAAUAAAUGGCAUGGUCAUGACAAAUAACAGUCUUGUGCUAAAUGGAAUAUGAAAUAAUAAAAAUGCAUUUAUUCAAGACGGCAUGGCAAAAUUACUCCAUGGUCAAAACUGUCGACUUCACCUUUACUGUCACACCUCCCGAACUAUAUUUUAUACCAGCGGAUACAAAUGGAUUGGAUGUCUACUAGUGGUAAACUCAUUCCAAUUCACAACAGAAGAUCUUUUUUCUGUUUAUUAGUCAUUUUGUAGAAUAUCUUAGGUUGAUUUCCUGAACAAUAUAUCGAUAAUUGUUGCAUCGCCAUAUCGUGAGAUCAUUGUUAUCGUAAGCUUUGUAUCGCAAAUCGUAUCGUGAGGUACCAAGAGGUUCCCACUCCUACUGUCGCGAUAUGCAAUGAGUCCAUUUAUCGCACGGUAAAUAAAAAUGAGGGCGGUACUUUUCACAACUGCGUAUUAUCACCGUCUGCGUGCGUGUAGAUGACAUAUGAGACUCCAGUUCUUUUCACAGAUGUUUAUUGGUCAUUAACACGCCGUAGAAUUACAGUUCAGACAUACCAAAUAAGGAAACACAUCUAUAUUAAACACUAUACGUUAGCAUUGCUACAUGAAGACUAAUGGGGAAAAAAAGACAACCUAAUUUAGCCUGUUAUAAAGCAGUCAUCUACAAAACGCAAACUUUCAGUUAAAAGGUGACACUUCAAAGAUGUAAAAUCGCUGGUUAACAUCAUUUGCAAAUGAAAAAAAUGAAAAAAAUAAAUAUCUAUUAGUGACACCACGAGCAAUGAUGAAAAGUGCUUUUGUUCGGUCUGUAAAGUUUACGGUGAGUGGUUUAGCGAAAGUCUUUCUGGUGAACAUUCAAAAUAAAAGCAUGUCAUGUUCGUCAUAUAAAUAACGAUUUCUAGAGUUAAUCCCACAUACUUCAGAAUUAAUACUAUAAUAUGUAAAUACUAUAAUACUACAGAAUUCAGAUUCUACACUAAAAUAGCUUUAAAAUGACACCCUAUAUAAAAAAUAUGAUUGGCAAUGGAUAAUUAUUAUAAUUAUUAUAACACUAUAAUAUUAAUGCUAGAUAUUUUAUUAAGAACUGUUUUGUAUCAUGUUGGAAAGGCAAAGUCAGUGUUCGCCUCAUUCCAUUCUUUUGCACUACUAAAUGCUAUCAGCAUUUGACCUUAUUGUUUAUGUGUGAUUCAUUUUUACAUGUUUAUUUGUACUUUAAUAAAGAAUUUAAGUGUUCCAAAAUGAUUUUGUGAAUUAAUAAGCGUCAACAACAAUGUCAUUGCUAAAUUAGUAAAAAUAUAUAUGGCAGAAAACACAAACAAGACUGAAAAAGCAGUUUCUGCUCUUGCACUCCUCUUUAAAAUAAACUGCUGUAUUUUAAGAAAAGAAAAGAACUGUUACGUUUGAUAGAAUAAUAUGUCUAUAUGCUGCCAUAGCAGAUUCAUGGUACAUUAAGCCCCCGAACUAUUUUUAAUUUGUCCCUUUUACCCUGGAAACCCCCGUUUACAGACGUCGCGCAACCGCUUUUGUUUCAACCCAGCCAUAAAAAGGUAAGUAAUUAUAUUUAUUAAUCAAAAUGUCUGUCAGUUUUAUCUUAGAAUCAUUAAUUGAUGUCUAAUAUUUCAUUUAAAUAAAAAACGACUUUAAAAAAUUAUUCACUUACAUAUUUUAAACUUCUAAACAAAUUACGUCACAAUGAAAAAAAUGGCGUCUGUAAAAAAGUCACGGAUAUCUACCUCAUGACUAUCGAUUAAUUGUAUUUUUUUGUUACUGUCACAAUCCCCAAUAUGUUAGAUGAUAAAUAAUCGAUCCAAAAAAGAAAAAUAGGAAAAAAAACAUUUAAAAAUAACUCUAUGACAAAGAAAAUCUCGACCACUCCUUGAUGUCUGCGAUUUCUGCAUUGUGUCCCUUGUUAUAUUACCAUAUUUCACCCAUAAAAUCCCCCCAAAAUCCAGCUGUGUCCAUUGACAGAUGUGUCUUGACACUCAGUAAUACAUGCUACAUGGAGUUUUGGAUCAAAAUGACAUAAGUACGCGAUAAUAUCUCGUUAAAGUCGUGGCGUCUGUAACUCUGCUCUAGCGUGCUCUCGCAUUCAGUAAGGGUUUUGCUGUUUAAUUUUUUUUUUUUUAAUUUAAAAAUGCCCUCCUGUUCAAUUUUUUUUUACUGUUGCAUUUUCCCCAGUAUGUUAGAUGAUAAAUCAUCGAUCCAA